CGGACACAAAUCAUUCGGUGUUUGCUAGACUCCUACCAGACGUUCCACGCGCGGGUACUUCCAUCUCUAUAAUUUUUAAAAGAGAAAACCAGAACUCACUAAAUUUAUUUCUAACUGACGAGACGUAAUUUUCCCUUCAGUUCAUAUCAAUUGCGGGUCUUUGGACUCGGUCGUGAAAACUAAUUCACCCAAGUGCGCUUGUGUCUUUUCCGGGAAAAAUCCCGUAUUCGCCAAGAGCAGAUUUUCUCUCCAACCAUUGCGAUAGGGAAAUGAAAAGAGUUGUUGAACACUCCAAUAAUGGAGACUCCACUUUCCCAAUCGAAGAAAGAAAAGUCAAUAAUUUGAAAUCGAUGGGAACUUGUUAUGAAUGGAAGCGUAAGGCAAGAUCAAAAGUCAAGGGAGCUUGCACCGUUGAAUUUCUAAGACGGCGGUUCCCCAUUCUCAAGUGGUUACCAAGCUACAAUUGGGAUUUUGCUGUCUAUGAUGUCAUUGCCGGAAUCACCGUCGGUCUCACCACCAUUCCGCAGGGAAUCGCCUAUGCUGCUGUCGCCGGACUGCCGUUACAGUACGGGCUCUACUCGGCUUUCAUGGGAUUAUUCGUCUAUGUAAUUUUGGGGACUUCCAAGGAAUGUUCAAUCGGUCCCACGGCCGUCAUGUCUUUGAUGACGUUCUCAUACGCCAGUGAAGGAGGCCCGAUCUAUUCCACCCUGUUAGCUUUCCUAGCUGGUUGGCUAGAACUAGUAGCAGGACUCUUGAACCUAGGAUUCAUGGUCGAGUUUAUUUCGGCUCCUGUCAUUUCUGGCUUUUGUUCAGCUGCCGCUCUGACUGUAUCGUCGACUCAAGUAAAGGGCCUCUUCGGCUUGAAAUUCAAAGGAUCCUCGUUUAUCGAAAUUUGGCGAGGCUUUUUCGAAAACAUAACGAAAUGCAAUCCUUGGGACUCCGCCCUGGGUUGCUCUAUGAUAGUUAUACUUCUUCUAAUGCGGAAAUUGACUUCAUUGAAAAAUCUUGGCCCUUUGAAGAAAGUUGGUUUCUUGCGCAGUCGCGCUGUCGAUUCUAGUCUAUGGUUUAUUGCCACAAGUCGCAACGCUAUCGCCGUCAUCGCCGGCUGUUUAGCCGCUUAUUUUUUAGAACAAAAUGGCUCCAAACCUUUCACUCUGACAGGUAAUAUACAAGCGGGUAUUCCCCCGUUCGGUUUGCCACCGUUCUCUGUCAAUCGAACGACCGGAAACACCACUGUUGUUUUGGGGUUUUCCGACAUUUGUUUGGAACUCGGAGCUGCUAUCGGCCUCAUUCCGCUCAUAGCCAUUUUAGAACAAGUUGCUAUCGCCAAGGCUUUUGCGAACGGCAAGAGAACAGACGCCACCCAAGAAAUGAUUGCGCUGGGUGUUGGAACCAUCCUUGGCUCGCUUUUCAGUUCCAUGCCCGUCACCGCUUCUUUUGGAAGGAGUUCAGUGCAAGCCGCAAGCGGGGCCAAGACUCCGCUAACCAAUAUUUACGGCGGCGUCUUGGUUUUAUUGGCUUUGGGAUUUCUCAUGCCUUCCCUGGCAUAUAUCCCGAAAGCGAUUUUGGCUUCUGUCAUUAUUACGUCAGUCAUAUUCAUGGUGGAACUUGAGGAACUAAAGCCCAUGUGGAAGAGCAGAAAGAUCGAACUAUUGCCCUUCGGUGUCACAUUCUUGUGCUGUCUCUUUGUCAACAUGGAAUACGGAAUUCUGAUUGGAGCUGGAAUUCACUUGCUUUUGUUAGCUUACAUAGGAAAUCGACCUCAUCCUGAACUUAUAAGACUGCCGGGAAAUGAAGUCACCGAGGAAAGAGUUAUCGUAAAAGCCGACUCCAAUUUGUAUUUCCCAGGAGUCGAAAAGUUUCGCCGAGCGCUCAAUGAAGCCAGUGAGGUGGAUGCUGAAGGGAGAAGUCCUUGCUUGAUGAUUGAUCUCUCCAACUUGACGGAAAUUGACUACAGCGCACUAAAAAUGCUUGUAUCCGUGGCGUCUGAGUGUCACAAAAAACAAUCUGUGCUACAUUUCGUCAAUGCUACUCCUAAGGUUGCCCAAUCGAUUUCUUCUACCCUACCAUCGGCAGAUAUAGCAUUUUUGCCCAAGGUGGAUAAAGAUGACGUAACAAACGAAAUUCAGAUGGAAGAAAUCGCCGCUUAAGCUACUUUACGUCUAUUAACAGUUCUACUGUAGAAGGUAACACCCUGGAUUGAAAUAGAAGAAUGACGGAGAAAUUAUAGUUCUUAAUGAGGAGAAAACCUGGAAAAAACGCGAGUUCUUUUAAACGCAAUUAU